GGGCCCGCCGGGCCCCGGGUGGCUGCUGUCCCCGCGGACAGUUGCGGGGGAAGCCCGGGCCCAGGCCUGGCCUCGGAGCGCCGCUGUCCCCGGGCCGCCUCGGCGGAGGCCCGCGCGGCAGCUGUCUAAGGAGGCCGGGGGAGUGACCGUGGUCCCAUUUGACCGAGGGGGGAAGUCGAGGCAGGACCGAGGGCUUCCGAUCUUACUCUUGCCACCUGUGCUCUGCGCCUCACCUGUCAAAGACCAGCCGACCACGAAGUACUCAGCAGCCAAGCCAUGGAUCCACCUACACGGAAAGAAAAAUCCAAAGUGAAAGAACCUGUCAGCCGGGUGGAGAAAGCGAAGCAGAAAUCCGCUCAGCAGGAGCUGAAGCAGAGACAAAGAGCAGAGAUCUAUGCCCUCAACAGAGUCAUGACAGAGCUGGAGCAGCAGCAGUUCGAUGAGUUCUGUAAACAGAUGCAGCCGCCCGGGGAAUGAGCCAGUCCUGGGUUUCACACGGAGACCUUGGAGCCUUGUGAGCGAGCCUGUGCCCAGUAUUGAGCUGAGAUGGCCUAUUUGGAGCCUUACAGAACUAGACAAGAAGACUUUAGUGGAUAACUCUGAACUUCCUAUGUGUAAUUUCUGCUUCACUGAGUCUUCCAGUGAGGACCUAGUGAACUCUGAAUCACCCAGUGUUUGCUGAAGAAACUUGUCUUCUUCUAAUAGAUUUUUUUUAAACUUUUCUAUUGUUUGAGAAAAAUCAGUGUUUCUUGUAAAAACUGUCUCUUCUCUGAAAAAUACAAAUAAAAUACUAAUGAAAUGUU